AUGUUACUGGCAGGAGAAAGCUUUGCAGAAUUCAGAUCUGCAGGAACUGAUGAUGGUUUCACCGAUUUUAAAACAGCCGAUAGUGUAUCACCACUAGAGCCACCGACAAAAGACAAAACUUUUCCACCAUCCUUCUCCUCAGGAACUAUACAACAGAAACAACAAACACAAGUGAAAAAUCCUCUGAACUUAGCAGACCUAGAUAUGUUUUCCUCAGUUAAUUGCAGCAGCGAGAAACCAUUGUCUUUUUCAGCUGCAUUUAGCACAUCAAAAUCAGUUUCCACACCACAGUCAACAGGUUCUGCUGCUGCUACGACAGCAUUGGCAUCAACGAAAACUUCUAGUUUGGCUGAUGAGUUUGGAGAAUUCAACCUUUUUGGGGAAUAUUCUGGUCUACCACCUGUUGGGGAGCAGGAUGACUUUGCAGAUUUUAUGGCUUUCAGUAAUAGCUCUAUUUCAUCUGAGCAAAAGCCAGAUGACAAAUAUGAUGCCCUUAAAGAGGAAGCCAGUCCUGUUCCUCUAACCAGCAACAUGGGCAGCACAGUGAAGGGUGGACAAAACCUAACUGCUGUGUCUACCAAGUAUGAUGUCUUCAGACAACUUUCUCUGGAAGGGUCUGGACUAGGUGUUGAAGACCUAAAAGAUAACACUCCUUCAGGAAAAAGUGAUGAUGAUUUUGCUGACUUCCACUCCAGUAAAUUUUCUUCCAUAAACUCGGACAAAUCCCUGGGAGAGAAAGCAGUGGCUUUCAGACACACCAAAGAAGACUCUGCAUCAGUGAAGUCCUUGGAUCUCCCUUCCAUUGGUGGCAGCAGUGUCGGCAAGGAGGACUCUGAAGAUGCACUCUCUGUUCAGUUUGACAUGAAAUUGGCUGAUGUGGGAGGAGAUCUUAAGCAUGUCAUGUCUGAUAGCUCUUUGGAUUUACCAACAGUUAGUGGCCAGCAUCCUCCUGCUGCAGAUAUAGAGGACUUAAAAUAUGCUGCUUUUGGAAGCUACAGUAGCAAUUUUGCAGUGAGCACACUUACAAGCUGUGACUGGUCAGACAGGGAUGAUGCAACUCAGGGCAGAAAACUCUCUCCAUUUGUCCUCUCAGCAGGAAGUGGAUCCCCCUCAGCCACCUCAAUUCUUCAAAAGAAAGAGACUUCAUUUGGCAGUUCUGAAAACAUCACCAUGACAUCUCUCUCCAAAGUAACAACCUUUGCAAGUGAAGAUGCUCUUCCAGAGACCACCUUCCCAGCGUUUGCCAGUUUUAAAGACAUGAUUCCUCAGACCAGUGAGCAAAAGGAAUAUGAAAGCAGAGACUAUAAAGAUUUCACAAGACAGGACCUGCCUACAGCUGAACGGAGCCCAGAGGCCACUUGUCCCAGCCCAGCGUCCAGUGGUGCCUCUCAAGAAACCCCCAACGAAUGUUCAGAUGACUUUGGAGAGUUUCAAAGUGAAAAGCCCAAAAUCAGCAAAUUUGACUUCUUAGUAGCCACUUCACAAAGCAAAAUGAAAUCCAGUGAAGAAAUGAUCAAAAGUGAGCUGGCAACCUUUGACCUUUCUGUUCAAGGUGAGUAGCUUCCAAGGUAGAUUUUACUAUUGCGGUUUUUUUCCACUGAGAUGUUAGAUGUUCUUAAGAAUAAAAUGUUGCUCCCUGGUUUAGCAGGAAAUAGAUUUUUCUAAUCUUUGAAAUCCGGGUCAAUUACAGAUAGCUAUAAUAAAGAUUUCCCUGAGACUGGAGUCAAAAUCAGUAUCCCUCAGAUAACUGUUUUAUGGGCUAAAAACAAGCAUAGCAUACAGGUAUUGUUCAUUAGCUCGUUUGGUUAGAGGUGCGCUGUGUUAAAAGAGCCAGAUAAAUGGGUUUGAGCCACUUGAAGGCACGUUAGCUCCGCUCAUGUUCCCGGGGCACAGAUAAUGUCUUUGAAUCCAAAGGUUGCAAUGUGGUGGCCGUGGAUCUGCAUCCAGCCUGCAUAUCACAUUGACCCACACAAGAGAUUUUUAAGUAUGAAGUAAUUGCCAGUAUUUAAAAGACAUGAGAUUUCCCAAUCUGGAUUUCCACCUUUUCUUGAGAAGUCAUAAUAUCUGGCACUAGUAGGUCUGCAUUCCCAUAUGCUGACAAGCAGCUGGAGCCAAAAGCACCGCUCCCUGUAGAUGGGUCAUUCUCUCUCUCUUGCCAUAAUCUCCACCGCUUCCUGUCUCAGCGGACCUACUUAGGGUAUUCACUUUCCUUGCCUGGUCUCUGAAGGCAUUUGAGUUUGCCUCUUCUGCUUUAAUCGCAUCCUGACUGAAGGAGUUGUGGAUUUCAGCUGGAUGGAGAGCCUGCGAAGGAACUCGGUUACAAAUCCAUAACAAAUGACUGGAAAAGCUGCACAACUUUACACACGGGUAUUUAGAAAGGUGCUUUUGUUCUCCAGACUCCAGUGAUUCUGCACUGAGCAUUAUGGAAGACUUGUGAUAGAUCAGAGAAGAGUCAUGUUGAAAAUAAAAGGCAGGGAAACCAAGCAAGAGAGAACAGUGGAAAGAAUUCAACAUGCAACUUCCCAGAAAGAAUGAAUGAGGAAUGUGUUUGUGAAUGCCUCAUGACAUAAGCAUCUGAAGAAGAGGGUUGUGGGCUGGGUGCGGUGGCUCACAUCUGUAAUCUCAGCACUUUGGGAGGCGGAGGCAGGCGAAUUAACUU